AUCGAGCAAGACUGUUACGGAAAAAUAUGCAAAGGCUCGGUGCGAUUACAGAAAGAUGGAGAUCACGGUUCUGUUUUACUUAGAAUUUUGAAAGAAAAAUCAAAUGAAAGUUUGAAAGACGAAUUUUUAUCAAUAAUGGAAACGAUGAAGAAGGUUCCCGUUCAUAAUGGUAUAGUAAAUUUACUGGGAUGCAUAACCAAAGAAGAACCUAUAACAAUGAUCAUGGAGUACGUCCCUCAUGGUGAUUUAUUAGGAUAUAUGAGGAACAGCAGAGGAAUAGUUGAUAUACAUUAUAAAGAAGAUAAAUCACGAGCAAAUGAUUUAACAUCUUUUGAACUCAUGUCGUUCGCGGAGCAAAUUGCCUCAGCUAUGGCGCAUUUAGAACGCCAUAACAUAAUGCAUGGCGACCUGGCUGCGAGAAAUGUUAUGGUUGAUCGACAAGGCUUAUGCAAACUAUCAGGAAUCGGCGAAAAUCAUUUAAUUUUUGACAAAAAUACCUACGGCACAAGAAAAAAGGAUCGUCUGGUAAUCAAAUGGGCAGCAAUUGAAGUCGUUAAGGAUAAAGUACGAACUAUUCAAAGUGAUGUAUGGAGUUACGGAGUUCUUCUAUAUGAAAUAGCGACAAUUGGUGGCUCGCCAUACGCUGGAAAAGAUGAACAUUGGUUAAUGGAUAUGUUAAAAGACGACUAUAGAAUGCCUUGUCCUGAACACGUUAGUGAGGCUUUAUAUUCUGUUAUGCUGGACUGCUGGAGAAAUGAUCCAUCAGAACGACCAAAUUUUGAAAAAUUGUUGAAGGUGAUGCGAACUUUGUCAUUGAUGAACAAACAUCAGGAUCACAUCAACAUUGCAAAAUAUGAUGGUGAACUUUUUUCGAAAUUGGAUGACGUUAAAUGUUAGAUACGAAAACCUUGAUUGAUUUGUUGACUAAAUUGGCGUCAGUAACUGCUUAAAUGGAUUUUUCGCUUGUUUAGGAAAUAACUCAGGAACGUCAAAUGCAAAAUUAGAUACACUUAAUUACAGCAAAAUCUUAAAACUUUAUAAAAUGCAUAAAUAGCACUUGACUUGACACACUUUGCAAAUACAUAGCUAGGAAAAUAGAUGCAUACAGAUUGCAAAACGACUAACAAAUAACCAGCCAAUAGAGUAAAGCAACAUAGGUUCGAGAGCUAACUACCUCGAAAUGUUUUUAAAACAGUUAUAAUUGUGAAAAUUGUGUUGGUGUAAAUUUAGUGAUUAGAAUAAAUAUCAUUGACUGCUUAUGUACUUAACUAUCUUUACUGCACCUUGCGUAAAUUACUGAUAUUCAGUUUCAAGGAUUAAUAUUCACUAACACGUAAAGAUAAAAUGAACUGACAAAUAUAAAAUCAUGAAGUAACAUAAAUACCAUGUAUUUAAUGAGUGCAUUGUAAUUAUUAUUGAGCGAAAGGAUAAUUUUCUUCGUA